GGGUCUCGGUCUUCACUGGAGAGGGGCGCGUGGAGGGGUAGCCUUGGGCCCCAGUGGGGCUUUUGGGGUCCCCGCUGCCGUGUGCUUUUCCCUCUAGCUGGGGCUCGAGCAUGGAUCGGGGUGUGGAUGGGCCCGAAGUGGCUUCCCGGUUCGUGAGAAGGCGAAAAUGUAAAGGGCCGGGGAGGACCUGCUAAGGGGUGACCGUCCCUCUUGCACUGGGGCAGGGGAGGAGCCUCCUGGCCUGGGAGCCUGGGCGGUUCCUCUCCCCUGCAAUGCAGCUUCUUCCCACCCUCCUUUGUCUGCCCCGAGGGGAAGGGAGACGACAGCGUCCCCCGCCCCCCUCCCCUGCCCGGGGACCCCCAUCUGCCCUGUCCCUUCCUCCGGGGACGCGGACGAGGCCAGCUCCGCAGGCACUGAACGUAGGCCGCCUUGCUCUCGUCCAUCCGUAGACCCCACUGAAGCUUCGCCAAGAUGUGCGACGACGAGGAGACCACCGCCCUGGUGUGCGACAACGGCUCCGGGCUGGUGAAGGCCGGCUUCGCGGGCGACGACGCGCCCCGCGCGGUCUUCCCUUCCAUCGUGGGCCGCCCGCGCCACCAGGGAGUCAUGGUGGGUAUGGGUCAGAAGGAUUCCUACGUAGGUGAUGAGGCCCAGAGCAAGCGAGGUAUCCUGACUCUCAAGUACCCCAUUGAGCACGGCAUCAUCACCAACUGGGAUGACAUGGAGAAGAUCUGGCACCAUACCUUCUACAAUGAGCUCCGCGUGGCCCCUGAGGAGCACCCCACUCUGCUCACUGAGGCCCCACUGAACCCCAAGGCCAACCGUGAGAAGAUGACCCAGAUCAUGUUUGAGACCUUCAAUGUCCCCGCCAUGUAUGUGGCCAUCCAGGCGGUGCUGUCCCUGUAUGCUUCUGGCCGUACCACAGGCAUUGUUCUGGACUCUGGGGACGGCGUAACCCACAACGUCCCCAUCUAUGAGGGCUAUGCUUUGCCCCAUGCCAUCAUGCGUCUGGAUCUAGCUGGUCGGGAUCUCACUGACUACCUCAUGAAGAUCCUCACUGAGCGUGGCUACUCCUUUGUCACCACCGCUGAACGUGAAAUUGUUCGCGAUAUUAAAGAGAAGUUGUGCUAUGUCGCUCUGGAUUUUGAGAAUGAGAUGGCUACGGCUGCUUCUUCCUCCUCCCUGGAGAAGAGCUAUGAACUGCCUGAUGGCCAAGUCAUCACUAUUGGCAAUGAACGCUUCCGCUGCCCUGAGACGCUCUUCCAGCCCUCCUUCAUUGGUAUGGAAUCUGCUGGCAUCCAUGAAACAACUUACAACAGCAUCAUGAAAUGUGACAUUGAUAUUCGCAAGGAUCUGUAUGCCAACAAUGUCUUAUCUGGAGGUACCACCAUGUACCCUGGUAUUGCUGAUCGCAUGCAAAAGGAAAUCACUGCCCUGGCUCCCAGCACCAUGAAGAUCAAGAUUAUUGCUCCCCCUGAGCGUAAGUACUCUGUCUGGAUUGGGGGCUCCAUCCUGGCCUCCCUGUCCACCUUCCAGCAGAUGUGGAUUAGCAAGCAAGAGUAUGAUGAGGCAGGACCAUCCAUUGUCCACCGCAAAUGCUUCUAAGGUGCCUUCUCUCUUAGUCUACCUUAUGUUCAGGAUGACGGUAUGAUGCUUCUUGGAGUCUUCUGAACCACCCUCCCUCAUCUCUCAUCAAUCAUUGUACAGUUUGUUUACACACGUGCAAUUUAUUUGUGCUUCUAAUAUUUAUUGCUUUAUAAAUAAACCAGACCAGGACUUGCAACCU